AUGGUCUCCGCAAACUUCCUCACUCUCCUCCUGGCUACGGCAGCCAGCGCCGUUCCGUUCUGGUCUGAGAGGGGCCUGAACAGCACCGGUCCGCACUUGGCCACGAGGGGCCUGAAUGCCACCAAGAGAAACUCAGACCGCCGACUCGCCCCCGGCGAGGUACUUCUCUUUGGCAAGGACAGCGCCGAGGUUAUUCAGCUCGACAAGUGGCAUAAGCUCGUCGAGUCAAAGGGCUACCUGCCUGAGCCCCCCGCGUGGAACCAGAGCUGGAUCGAUGACGCCAAGGACCUGGCCCCGAUCCCCUACGACGAGAGCAUCCACGGCUCCGGCCCCGAGAAGCGCGACUGCGCCCACACCUUCUCCAUCGUUACCGACAAGAAGGAGCGCUUCGUCAACUGGGACGUGCAGAUGUCCCCCGUCGUCAUCGGCUACGGCAAGGGUAUCGAUGUUACCGUCUCCAAGUCCUACUCGGUCGCCGACGCCGUCACCGUCAGCGCCGGCCUCGACCUCAAGGUCAUCAAGGACCGCCUCGGCGCGUCCCUCGGCGUCAGCGUCUCCCGCACCUGGACUACCCAGCAGGGGUACAUGAUCCGCGGCACGAUCGAGGACGGCGAGACCGGCGUCGUCAUCUCAACCCCCUGGACCAACCGCUACUACGGCCGCGCGUUCCAGGGCUGCGUCGGAAGCAUGAAGCAGACGGGAACCUGGAUCGCCGACUCCUACGAGGAGGGCUCCUACGAGGGUGUCGACUGGGUUGCCGGUGCCAUCACUGUCUGCGCCAAGAAGCAGAAGUCCAUCCCGCUGUCGCGCUGCAACGGUUCCGGCGACUUCAAAUAA